UUGACAUCUUACCGACAGAUAGACUAACCAGACUUUGCUCACAAAGAAAGUUCCUCUCUACUUGCUUAUGAUUUAAUAAACCGUGUUCAUUCUAAUCUGACGGUCCAUAAAUCUUCUCUAUUUCUCUUUCUUCAAUUUUUCAUACUAUUCUUUCUUCUUCAUUUUCCGAUCUUCCCAAUUUUAAUCAGUUGACCCUUCUCAGAUCUAGCCCAAAUUCCUCUAUUUCUUCUACAAAUUCCCUCUUCUUCAAAAAUCCCAUCAACCCAAAUUCACGAUUUUGAGGAUAUUCAUCUUGGAUCUGUUAUUCUGUAAGUUUAAAAUCGUUAAAGUUCUAAUCUUUAUUGUUUGAUUCAUUCAAUUUUGUUAAAUAAUCAUAUUAUAUAAUAUAUAUAUAGUUUUUUCAUUAUAAUCGCUAGUUUAUUGUUGAUAUAUUAGACAAUGGCUAGUGGUUAUUCAGCUGUUCCUAGAGAUAAAUUUGUGGAAUUACAAUUGCAAAAUCAUGAUACAUCAUCUCUUUUACCAAUUACUAGUAAUGGGUAUGUAAAACCACCAAAUGUGGUUGAUAGUAAUGUUGAUAUUGAUGAUUCUGAAUUUGAUAAUUACCCUAAUUACCCCUUAAUUGUCGGUGGUAUUGGUAAAGGGUCUGGGGUUCCUGGUGCAGUUUUUAAUCUGACUACUUCGAUUAUUGGUGCUGGGAUUAUGGCGUUGCCGGCGGCAAUGGGGGUUCUGGGGUUAGGUUUAGGGAUGGUUUUGAUAGUUGUUAUAGGGAUUUUGUCGGAGAUUAGUGUCGAAUUGCUGGUUAGAUUUGCGGUGCAUUCGAAAGCACUGUCGUAUGGAGAGGUUGUCCAGUUUGCCCUAGGCCGUCCUGCGAGGAUCUUGUCCGAGAUUUGUAUUAUUAUAAACAAUGCAGGGGUUUUGGUUGUUUAUUUGAUUAUAAUUGGUGAUGUGAUGUCGGGUUCGUAUCAUCAUGUUGGGGUUUUUGAUCAGAUGAUGGGUAAUGGGGUUUGGGAUCAGAGGAAGCUUGUGAUAUUGGUGGUUUUGCUCGUCUUUUUGGCACCGUUGUGUGCGUUGGAGAAGAUUGACUCCUUGAGCUUGACUUCAGCUGCUUCAGUUGCUCUUGCUGUGGUCUUUGUUGUUGUAACGUGUUCCAUUGCACUUGUUAAGGUUGUUGAAGGGAAGAUUGAUCCUCCUAGGAUGACACCGGAUAUUAGUUCUAAUAAGGCGAUUGUGAAUUUGCUUGUGGUGAUCCCAGUGAUGACGAAUGCGUAUGUUUGCCACUUCAAUGUUCAGCCUAUUUAUAAUGAGCUUGAUGGGCGUUCUCCACAAAAGAUGAAUCGUGUAGUAAGAAUCACAACACUUGUUACUGUAGUGGUUUAUGGUUUCACUGCCUUCUCUGGAUAUUUGCUUUUUGGGAAGAACACUGAAUCUGAUAUUCUCACCAAUUUUGAUACAGAUCUUGGAAUCCCCUACAGUGCUGCCCUGAAUUAUAUCAUUAGGAUAGGAUACAUUCUCCACUUAGUUCUUGUUUUCCCAGUUAUUCAUUUCUCACUACGGGAAGCAGUUAAUGCCUUGAUUUUUACCGAUUCAUCUAUUUCAGAUAGUAAGAAAAGGCUUUACAUCCUAACUACUGUGUUGUUGGCCUUGCUUUAUCUUGGUUCUACAAUGAUUCCUAGCAUUUGGACUGCAUUCAAGUUUACGGGGGCAACAACAGCAGUGUCAUUAGGUUUCAUAUUUCCAUGUCUUAUUGCAUUACGGUUGGAUGGGCAAGGGCAAAGUUUGACCCACGGAGAGAAGUUUUUCUCAUGGACCAUGCUGGUAGUGGCUGCAGUAGUUGGUAUCAUUGGAGUGAUUGGCAAUGUUUAUGGACUACAAGAUCAUUCUUAGUUGUCUUUUUCACGAAUUAGGCGUCUUUUAGUUGGUAUUCUUUGGGGGGAUAACGAAGAGACUUAUACAGGUUAGAUCACUUCUGCUGCGGAAAUUCGAGGGACCCCUGGAAACAGGGAGUGUACUAUUACAUUAAUGAGUUUGUCCAUAUGUAAAUUGCUCCACAAUGGGCCACAACAAUUGUUUAUCCAUCAUUGCAUCAUGGAGGUCGAUCCAAGAAUAGAUUUUUGCUCGAUAUUUGAGGUUGUGACUGAUUGCACGAAAUCAAUUUGAUGGCUUGACAUGAAGGGGGAGACUUUCAUGAUAACUGCUGCAUGUUCAAGGAUUUGGAGGCUCCAUCAGUGUAAGCCCCUGUUCUUAGAACUAAUUCACAUGUAUCUCUCAAACUUGAUCUCAUGUAAUGUGUUAAAGCCUCUAGUGUUCACUCAUUCAUUCUUGAACAGGUCAUUGAUGUGCAUAAAAGCAAUAUCUGUAUCUCUGGCCUGAUUUUUGUGUAGGAAAUUGCGGAAUAAAUACAGUGUAGUAUUAUUAGCUGUUUCCGGAUGCAGAAUCCGACCAGUGUGUUACUUUAAUAGCAAUAUUUUUGAAUAUUUUUUUGUUUUAGCUUUGCAUCAAGUAUAACGGUUUACAUUCUUGUUUGGCUCCGUACUCUUGAGUGAGUUGAGUCUUGAUUGUCUUUGAAUUUCAGUAUUUAUUUUAUCGUCUUUUUUCUUGCCUCUCAGUGCACUCCAAUAAGUGAAGCACUUAAACUUUUGGGAGCUCAGAUUCAGCUUUUACUUGAUUGAAAAAUGUUCUGCAUUUUUGUGGAAUACUGUCAUGCUAAAUAUUGGAUGUUCGCUAGAAUAAAUGCUUGAAUGUCAUAAAUCAAGCAAUGGCACUCUUACUGGACUGUAUUUUGGACCUAUCACAUGUAGAAGUAAUUGGGAACUGAUCGAUGGAAGGUACUUAUUGACAAGCAAAAUAUUGUUUUAGGAUUCUUGGCGAAUUUGGAUGGAUGAGCUGUAAUAUUGACUUGGAAAUUAUGAUGCUGAACAGUUUAUGUCAUUAUGUGUCUUUUAUGAUUUUGAUGAAUGUCCAAUGAAUAUACUUGUAAUGUGUUGGGAGGUAUAGAGCAUAUUGAGUAACUUUGUGUUAGGACUUGGGAAGUAUUGAGAGAUAGGACUUCGAUACUCCACCGUUGUUAUGUUAAUAACUUACUGAGGGCACUAGGAGUGACUGAGUAACCUAAGCAUUUGAAAGGAUAGAUUUGAGAAUGGUUCUUAUACCCUAAUUAUUCAGCAUGUCUGCUCCCUCAUUCAAAAAACUCUUGUCUAUUCAAGAAUCAAGAGUCAUCUUGUAUCUCAAGUUCUCUAAGCAUUUAUUCUUGAGAAAUCAUCUUCACUUUGACAAAGCCUUUGAUUCAUCAUUGGAAUUUGACAAGCCAUGAGGUUAUCAAAGUCUUUCAAACACUAUCUUUGCCAUAGGCGUUGGGCUCCGAAGAGAGGAGUUGCUGCUGUUAACAGGGAUUGCUCAUUCUAAGCCUUGUAGAAUACUGCUAUAAAGACGGGUCAACCAUUGCCUAAGUCUCAUUUGAGUGAUUGAUGCUCGACUAAUGUAUGGUGUGGUGUUGUAAUAACUGCUAGCACUUUCUCUUAUUACUCUUCUACAGGAAGAGCCACUGAUGUUUCCUAUUCCCGAUUCGUUCUUCUUGAUGUUCCAUUGUUAUUGAUUCACUCCUUUCUAAAGUUUAUUGUAGCUCUGUAGAAAACUUGUUAAACACAGAUUUGGGAUUCAAUGUGAGAGUACUGCAGAGAAUGCAGAUUCUUCAGUUUUAGAGUAUAGGUUAAGUGAAGCUAAGAUUCUGAUUGUAGAAGCCAGGAUACUGUAUUUCCAAUUGUUCCUUAGGGACAGUGAAACCAAAGUAAGCCUAUGCAAUUAUAACAAACUAGGCCCAAAGACAAUUUUCACUCUUACACUUAAUUGUGUUUCAUCAAGAACACUUUUAUUGGCCCAAGUUGUUGGGUUUUGAGCCUUUGACUGUUGAGGAUAGAUUUUAUUUGGGUUGUAGGAUGAACAGAGAGACAGAAGAUGGUCAUGACUCAUGAGACUCAUGGAAAAUCUCAUUUCCUCAAACUAUUUUUUUUCUUUUUUUUUUUUGACAAAAAAAAAAAAAAAAAAAAAAAAAAACAUUCCCGAACCUUAAUAAUAUUCUAUGGUACACUUGGGUGCAUAAAACAACUAAUUAUUGGCACAAUGGCGCGUGCACCACAAGUGUUGGUGUGUUUGCGUCAUGUGGUGACACAUGUGAUGGGUGUGUUGGUGCACCUCACGCGCUGACACCUGUGAAGGAUGCAAUAGGGGAUGCACUAUGCUAUGUGCACUUAGGUGGGACACUUUCAGUGGUGGGGGAUUAAGCUUUGCUUGAUGACUGACUUAGCUUUAGUCAUACUGAAAUUCAUUUGGGGUAUAAAACCAUGAUAAAAUUGACAGUAGUGCUCUACACUGGAGACAGCAGAAUGUUGAAACUCACAAAUCACAACAGAGGAAUGUGAGCAUAACUUUGUCAGAAACACUAAAUUUGGUUCUGAAUUCCACAACUUUUCUGAACUCCCUAAAAUAGUGCUUGAUGACUAGGUGUCCUAUAUUUUUGCUCACAGAAAUUCACUUAAAUUGUACUAUAAAAUGUCGCAGCAGCCGUUUUUUUUUUUUAUAAGGGUUAUGCAACGAACUGGUUCGUUUGUGAACCACUCAGAGGAUUCCUCUCUGGUUCAUCCCGAGCCCGUUCGUUGUUUAGCCUUUUUCAAACUUAUUUGUGUACUAACUUGGGCAUCAAAGGCUCUACCCUGGGCUCGGAGUUCACUUUGCAGGCAUAUUAGGGUCUUCUAUAUCUUUCUAAGAUGUAACAAAUCCUUUAAAAGACCAAAUAAAUAUUUAUUUCAGUCAAAAAAAAAAAAAUGAUUUUCAAAACAAUUACUCCGUAGUUGAGAUAUGAAAAGAUGUUGAUGAGGCAACACGAUUAUUGUGAAGGACAAACUGAAUGUGUUUGCCUAUUUAUUUUGGUCAAGAUGAUUAAAACGGAAGGUGUUUGCCUAUUUAUUUUGGUCAA